AUGUAUUCACAGAGAUACUAUAUUUUAUUAUUUUCAAUAAUAUUAUUCCAAUCAGUUUUAGGAGCUUUUGAUAUUUUGAAUUUUCCUACAACAGGACACAAUUAUGAAUUUGUAAAUUUAAAUUUAACAGCUCUAGAAGCUGUUGAAUAUUGUAAUAAUCAAACUUAUCUAGGAAAUAAAGGAUAUCUUGUAACAAUCACUUCUCAAGAAGAAAACAAUUGGUUAAAAUCAAAAUCUUUAACUUAUUUUACAACUAUUAAAGAUUUUUGGAUAUCAGGAUCCUCGUCAUUAGAGGAGCCAGGGAUUUAUUAUUUUGAUUCCGGUCCAGAAAUUGGUCAAUUAUUUUAUAAUAUUUAUAAUGAUACAUGUGGAAUUUUUUGUGAUUUCACAGUAAUAGAACCAAAUCUUAUGUUUAAAGCGAAUGAAACUCAUAUCCAAUUUUAUUAUCCAGUCAACACUUGGAAUAAUAAGAAUCCGACAUACAAGUCACCUUUUAUAUGUGAAUAUAUUGGAAUGGAAUUACCAAAUAUUGAACCGAUAGGAACAUUAGGUGGAAAAAUUGAAAUCACAAAUAUCCUAGGAUGGAAUUUACUAGGACAAUCAUCAGUAUAUACAGUAUCAUUUAAUAAUCAAAGACAAGAAACUCUUAAUUGUCAAAAUGUCAAAGUUUUGUCAAAUACCUCUUUGUCUUGUGAUCUUCCUGCUGGAUCGGGUGCUUAUAAUGUUACGAUCAGUAAUGGUUCAAAACAACUAAAAACGAAUUUUAGAUUCUCACCUCCUCACAUUUCGCUUAUUGAACCUAAUUUCACCCAAAAUAGUGAAGUCACUAUCUCGGGUUUCAAUUUUGCAAAUGAUUCGUUUAUGAAGUUCUAUGUAACCAACAAUAGCUAUGAAUGUAUCAAUGCAAAACAAAUAAGAAAUGGUGUUAUGGUUUGCACUAUUACUUUAAAUAUAAAUUUCAAUAUUUCAUUCCUACCCUUGAUGGCUGUAGCUGAUGGUUUAAAUGGCCAAUCAAUUAAGCCUGUAUUUACUUAUAAUAAUAGAUAUUUCUCUUGUUGGAAAUCAGCAACUUAUUUCAAUGAAACUUUGAUCUAUGCUAACAAAGUCUAUCAAGAGGGUAUGAAAGCAUAUAUGGCAAUUGUGGAAACAUCUGAUAUGGCCAAUUAUUUCCACAGAGUUUGUUCCAAUUAUGGAUCAUCAAGUAUUUAUUACACUGGAUUAAUUUAUAACAGCUUCUUUACAGCGAUCAAUGGUCCUCAAGCAGGACAAAAGGUUAAAUAUUAUGAUUCAAACUAUACAACUUUACCAACUCCAAUAUCUCCAGCAUCAACCUACUACUCAUAUGACUUUAUAACAUUUACCUAUACUGAGAGAAUUGUUAAUUAUUCAUCUGGUUUACUAGCAGAAUAUUAUAGUGUUCAACCACAAUUUUCUACUACCAAAACCUAUACAGUUCCAACCAAUGGUUCUACUAUUACCAUGGAUAUUAAUGUUUAUGGUUCUUCAUUGGAGCAGAGUUUCUUUACAUUUAGAGGAGUCAAUACCACUUUUUAUAGAGAUUAUACCAUUCAAUCAAUCUCUAUUCCUAUUCCAGCUGGAGCAGGUGUUGCCCCUUAUCCUCUGAGUAUUUCCACUUAUUUUGGAAGUCAAAUUCUUACCUCCACCAACACCCAACUCAUACAAUAUGCUGCACCUGUGCUUCAAGGUUCAUCAAAACCAGAGAUUUUUGGUGAUAUUACAAUUUCUGGAACCAACUUUAACAAAGAUCCACAAUUGGUUAGUGUCAUGGUGAACGGGAACAAACCAUGCACCAAUCCAAAGAUGCUGACCACUCACCAAAAAAUUUCAUGUACAUUACCAAGUGGUUAUGGAACUAAUAGUAUUACUAUUAAUGUAAAUGGUUCUGUUUCCAAUUCAUUAAGUUUCACAUACAUUGGACCAACUAUAAAUGGUACUUCAAAGAUUACAAACCGAGGUGGCAACCUAACUAUUACUGGUGACAAUCUUUUCGAUGACCCAAAUUUACUCUUGGUUUCAGUUGGAUCUUUGAAAUGCGAGAAUAUAUCUAUUAUUAAAAGAAAUGAGGUUAUUCAAUGUCAGAUUCCUUCAAUCAAUAACAAUCAAACCAGACAAAAUGUUUCUUUAUCAUUGAAUGGUGUUAAAGCACCAUUAUUCCAAUUUGAUCUCUCAACUUAUCCAACUGUACUCUAUUCCACUCGAGGAUAUUUCAACACUACAACACUCUUGACCAUAGUUGGAACCAAUUUCGUCAAUAUUUCUUUGGCUAUCGAUAUUGAAAGUGAACCAUGUUACAAUAUUACUUUUUACUCUGAUACCAAUUUGACAUGUUAUUUCAAUGGUCAGACCCCACAACCAACAGAAGAUUCACUCUAUGUCAAUGUAUCAUCUUUUGGUAUUUCAGGAGGUGCCUUUGUUUUUAAUUAUAUAUUCCCCAAUGAAACUAAAUGUCCAACCUCUCCAGCGGGUCAAGUUUGUUUUGGUCAUGGACAAUGCUUUGAAGGAAAAUGUAAAUGCGAUGAUGGAUGGACAUCCAAUAACAACUGUUCGAUCCCAGGUACACCGAGUGAUCCACCCAUUAUUGACAAUGGUACAAUUAUCAAUCCUUCAGGAAUCAACUUUACCAGUGCUUUCAUUUACAUUCGUGAAUUAGAUACUCUCAGUCAAUCGAUCAAGGUAUUGGCAAUGUCAAGUGUAACCUGGUCUCAAAACAAUGUUACCAAAGAGUUAACCGGUCGUUUCCCAAACAAUGAAACAACAAUAGUCAGAGCAAAUCUCACAGUUUACAACGAAUCAACAACCAUCAAUUUUGCUGGAGAAACUAUAUUCAUGCCUGCCAAUUCAAUAAAAUAUAUUAUAGAGGUGACGGGCUGGAAGUUUGCAGAUCAAUUGAACACCUUGGAGUUGAUCUUCCAAACCAAGACCGAUGCAAUCUCCAAAGAUUCCUGUGGAAGGGAUAUCAAAGUAACAGCGGACAACAGUGAAUCUGCCUACCAAGUAAUCUCUGAAAAUGCUAUUCUCAAUGUGAACUUUGCUAAGAGGCAUUAUGUUGACCACAGAGUUAUGCUUUCCAAUUAUGUAGUGUUACCUUAUGAUGACCCUUUGGUGAACAAAACCGAGAUAAUCAAUGAAACCUCUCAAUUCACGUUGACAAUCGCAAUCAAGACCAGCAGUUUCAACGAUUAUAUUCUAGUCGAUCCAAGUAUCAGUUCGCUGAUUCUGACAAAGACAACUACCAACAAUGGUUGUUCAAAAGAAUCCAAUUGGAAGAUCAUUGUAAUUGCAGUCGUUUGUUCAGUAGUUGGUGUUGCCAUUCUAGUGGCAUCGGCAAUCAUCAUCAGAAGAAAAUUGAAGUGGCAAAGAGAAGAUAGAUCACUAAAGAUGAGAGAAGUCUCUGCAAAAGAACAAUAA